AUUCUUCCGCCGAGUUCUCGAUUCGAAAACAAUCGACACGCUAAGCAGCACGAAGGUUGCGGAACGCGAUCGAUCGGGUGGAAAUGUAAAUUUGCGACAACACGGCGAUAAACAACAGGACGAGCCGAGGACCGAGGCGGCAGGAUUGCAUUUGAAUUUAUUGGAGUUCACGGGUGCGCGAUCGGAUACUGCCUUGCGAGGAGGGGAGGCUACAUAAAAGUUAACGUAUCUCGUUCACAGAGCGUCAGUCGACAGUUGGAAAGCGAUUGCCAUUAUACACCGUAAGAUCACAGCAAAACGCGGAGAAAAUAAAUCGCGAAACCCGCUCUGGAUCUUCUCACUAGAACCGCAAGAUCGAAUUAUCGUUUUGCAAGACCAUAAGAGAUCAUUAUGCUGCGCCUAAUCUUGGUAGCAGCAAUCGUAGCUUUGGCAGCAGCCCAGCCAAUGGAUCCGGUAGACCCCACCCAAGAUCCGCAGGUUGCCGCACAAGACCUCACGCAGAGAGCCAAGGAUAUGUUGAAACGCAUAGACAAACUGUACGCGGAAUGGAAUCACAAACAAAGCAUCGCCGGAUGGAACUAUGCGUCGAAUUUGACGGAUGAAAAUCUGGCGGAGAAGCUGAACGUAUCCGCGGCGGCAGCGCGCGUUACAAAGCAGGUCGCUCAGGAAGUGAACGACUUCCCUUGGAGGGAAUUACAAGAUGACAAUCUAAAGAGACAGUUCCAGAAGCUCUCCGUGCUCGGAACCGCCGCGCUUCCAGAAGAAAGUUACAAGGAGUUUGAGACGACGAUCAGCGAGAUGGAGAACAUCUACAGCACGGCAAAGAUCUGCGACUACAAGAACAAGACCAAGUGCGAUCUCGCGCUCGAGCCGGAAAUCACCGAGAUCCUGAUGCGCAGCCGGGAUCCCGAGGAGCUGAAGCACAUCUGGGUGGAGUGGAGGAAGGCGUCGGGCGAGAAGGUCAAAUCCUUGUAUCCGAAGUACGUCGAGCUGGCCAACACAGCGGCGAGACUCAACAAUUUCUCCGAUUACGCCGCGUACUGGAUGAAAGAUUACGAGGCUGACGACUUCCCCGAUCAGAUCGAGUCCCUCUGGCAGCAACUGAAGCCGCUGUACCUGCAGCUGCACGCUUACGUGCGUCGCGAGCUCAGAAAGAAGUAUGGCGAGAACGUCGUCUCCAAGAACGGCCCGAUCCCGGCGCAUUUGCUGGGCAACGCCUGGGCUCAGACUUGGUCGAACAUCGCGGACUUCACCACGCCGUUCCCGGGGAAAAAGUUGCCGGACGUCAGCGCUGCUCUGGUCGACCAAGGUUACAACGCGACAAGCAUGUUCCGCCUCGCCGAGAACUUCUUCACGUCGAUCAACCUGACCGCCAUGCCGGACACUUUCUGGGAAAAGUCAAUCCUGGAGAAGCAGAAGGGCGUGGACAUGAUCUGCCACGCGAGCGCGUGGGAGUUCUACGACGGCAAGGACUUCAGGAUCAAGCAGUGCACGCGCGUCAACAUGGAGGACCUGCUGACGGCGCACCACGAGAUGGGCCACAUCGAGUAUUAUUUGCAGUACAAGGGUCAGCCCGCUGUCUUCAAGGAAGGCGCGAAUCCCGGCUUCCACGAGGCAGUCGGCGACGUCAUCUCCCUCAGCGCGUCCACGCCCAGCCACCUCAAGAAGAUCGGUCUGCUGAAGGACGAUGCAACCGAUCAGGAGGCGGUGCUGAAUCACCUCUACUCGAAGAGUCUCGACAAGAUUGCCUUCCUGCCGUUCGCCUACAUGAUGGAUCGCUGGCGCUGGAACGUGUUCCAGGGAAAAGUUACGACCGACAAUUACAACUGCAACUGGUGGUCGCUGGCGGAGGAAUACCAAGGCAUCGAACCGCCGGUGGACAGGUCGGAGGACGACUUCGACCCCGGCGCGAAGUACCACAUAAUCGCGGAUGUGGAGUACAUAAGAUACUACGUGAGCUUCGUGAUACAAUUCCAGUUCCACAAAGCACUGUGCACCGAGGCGAAACAGUACGAUCCGAAGAAUCCAAGCGCCAAUCCACUGCAUCAGUGUGAUAUUUACGAUAAUAAAGAUGCAGGAAAUUUGCUGAAAUCUAUGCUGGAGCUGGGUUCUUCGAAACCCUGGCAAGAUGCGAUGGAGAAGAUCGCAGGCGUGCGACAGAUGGACUCUGCCGGGCUGCUGGAGUACUUCAAGCCUCUGACCGAUUGGCUGACCGAAGAAAACAAGAAGACUAAUGAAUACAUCGGUUGGAAGUCCACCACAAAACAAUGCGUACAGACGAGAGAAGAACUUGUAAAUGUAUAGACAUCGGAACGAAAUUUCGUGCGGGAGAAUAAAAAUAUAAUUCUAGACGAGCAAGGGACAAUACAUUGUAAAAUCGGCGUAUUUCGACACGCGGGUGAUAUAAAAAAUCAUUCCACGAUCGCAGUAUAAACACCGUCCCAAUCAAUUCGAUCGAACGAUGGAGGAAUACUUGUAAUGUAUUAAUUUUAUUUCACGUUUUUAUAAAUAAAAAACUUGCAUCUCCCGA